AUGCCGAAAGAAAGCAAGCUUAGAGGCAAGAUGUCGUCUUAUGCUUUUUUUGUUCAGACAUGUAGAGAAGAGCACAAGAAAAAACACCCUGGAGAGCAAGUAGUGUUUGCUGAAUUCUCUAAAAAAUGUUCGGAAAAAUGGAAGGCGAUGAAUGCUAAAGAAAAGAAAAGAUUUGAAGACAUGGCGGAAAAAGACAAGGCCAGGUUCGACAAAGAAUCAGCUGCAGGAGGCGGUGGUGGCCGAGGAGGAAGAGGUGGCAAGAGAAAGAAGACCAAAGAUCCUAAUGCUCCUAAACGUUCACUAUCAGGGUUUUUCUUUUUCUGCAACGAAGAACGAUCAAAAGUAAAAGCUCAAUUCCCAGGUUAUGGUGUUGGAGAUAUUGCUAAAGAAUUAGGCAAGAGAUGGGAAGUUUGUCCUAACAAGCAAAAAUUUGAAGCCAUGGCAGCCAAAGAUAAACUGAGAUAUGAACAAGUAUGUUAUACUUUUUUUUCUAUACUUUCAAUAUUGUGA